AUGAUGAGGGAAGAUAUUUAUCGCGGAGAAAACGACUUGCUCCCGAACGCUGGCCGUUCCCCAUCGCAUCGCCCAUUGUCCACGCCAUCGAUCGACCCUCCAUCACCAUUGACCACUGCAGGGAACAAGAGAAAGAGGUCAGGAAACGAAGCUCCCAAUCCGCGCGCACAUCCUGCACCACGGCUUCAACCCAGCGCUAGCGGAUAUGGCACAAACUUCAUCUCGAGGGCGACCCAGCCUCUUCAGUCGUUUGUGAAUAGUACUCGACCAACAAUAUACGGCACAUUGCAAUCGGCUGGCUACUAUCGCACUGGUAUUGUCCUAAAUACACCUCUCAGCGCGAUCAACAAGUUCUAUCCCGGGCUAAUAAUACAAUUUUCGCACCAUGCUACUGCUCAAGAUCGGAGAGGAAAUCCCUUGGUAGCUCCUAGCUUUGUUCAAACGACAACUGCCAAAGUGUCCUCAAAGUUUCGCUACGGAAUUGUACUGGUCGUUUACGACGACGGUUCAAUUCUCAUCCUUCCAAUGUUCACACAUGGAGGCAGAGGCAUCACCGGAGAUCGAAACAAGCAGUUCAAGUUCUACAUGCUUGUAGCAGAAGAACAAGAUCUGCCUGAGUACAAUCCGACCAGUCACGAUGUGCUCAAAGUUCGGAAUACCUUCAAAGAUAGCAGCACCGGCCGAUACUACAAGAUCAGUCGCGACUCAAGUGUCUGCCUCUCGGACUCAUACACAAUCAAAUACAACGACUGCUCCAGAAGUACGAUGAACUGA